GUGGUAACUUAAAAAUACAAAGCAUCGUAAAUUCCUUCAACCCCAAGGGCAAUUGGAUACAACGGAAUGGGCAAAAAGCUCAAAAGGCGAUCGGAAAAAAACCGAUUUAAGGUACAGAAAAUUUCUGUUGGCCUCUCCCGGUGUUGCCCAGCCCGCGCAUCCCCGGUGGCUCAUCUUGCACGUCCACGUGUCCGUAUUGGAUUAUCUCAACCGUCGAUUCUUUCUUCACCCGCCUCGAAAAUUUCGAUUCCAUUAAUGGGACGUAGGCCCUUGAACGUCACUGAUGAUACGUCAGCCGUCCGAUCACGAACGGACGCUUCAGCUCAGUCGAAGGCAUGGAUGCUGGCUUAUUUUCCCCCAAUUUUUUCGGUGCAAACCCUAGAGGCAUCGUAAAAUCGAAACCCUAGAUCGUCCGCUUCCGGGUCAAGAAAAAUUACCACGAAAAAGGCCGGUGAAUCGAGGGGCUUGUACACUGUAAAGCUCCUAUUCGGAUCGAGAAGUCGUUUCCCAAAGGAAUUAUUGUCUGGAUCUAGUGUACAGUUGGGGCUUUCUGAGCUUCUAUGGGUGGUUUCUAUACUGAAAUAGUUGAUCCCAUGGCUGAAAUUUUGUAUUCCGAUCCGAAAUUAUGGUUUUCAUUCGAUUUUCCUGUAUGAUGGAAGAUGAAAUUUGGGAAUUAUCGUUUCUUUCUCUUGGAUUGAGUCAUUGUAGAUGGAACGUAGCGUUGAGAAGGGAGAUGUUCUUCGGAAGUCCAGGCCUUGGGAUUCUAUGAGCGUUUCUGUUGGAAAAUCUACAAGCUCAUCUGCUAGAUUGCGUGCUAAGGAUGGGGCUGUAUCUGCGGCCGCUAAAUCAAAUGUUCUGAAGCGCAAACGCAGUUCUUCUUCAGAAAAUGGCACUACUUCUUCAAAGUUUAGAAAGAGGAAUGGGAAGGAGGUCUCCUUGAACAGUUUUGUUAAGGGCAGUGAAAAGGGUAAGCUUCGGGCAGGUGUCAAAGAGUUUAAGGCAAAUGGGUUGGUUUCUGGUGUAGGCAAGGGAACGAAAUCAAGCUCUUCAAGUGUUGCUGUAAGGAGUUUGAGAAAUGUGAGUGAUAUUUCAAAUCACCUUGGCAAUGAUUUUACUUUGACAUCGGGAAAGGAUGAAAAUCAAUUAUUAAGUGCUGUUGAUUUAAAUAGAUCAAAUUGUUUGGAAGGUGGUGUCAUUAUCACAAAGCGUCCUCGUGGAGCUGUGCGGCGUAAAAAAAAUGUGCAGUCUUUUAACUCAGACAGAGAAUUAGCUGGUGCUUUUUUCAGUGCCAGGAGUACCACUGAUCAGAGUAAUAAUCGGUCCCUCUCACGAUCUCAGAGGACAAAGCUGACAGAAGUUAAAGAAGAUGGUUCCACUGAUAAUGGGUCUCAUAGUUGCAUAGGGAAUGAUGGUAAUUUGAAUCCUGUCAAGGCUACCAAAAGGAGGUUCCUUGGCAGAAAGGGGCAAGGUUCCAAUCUUUUGGAUAAUAAAGAUUAUGUUGGCGUUUUUCCAGAUGAUGAUGAAGAUAACCUUGAGCAAAAUGCUGCUCGGAUGCUUUCCUCCAGGUUUGAUCCAAGUUGUGCGGGAUUCUCUCAUAGCAGGGUCACACCUCCAAAGGCAGCAAAAGAAUCAUCCCUGGUCCUGUCUCAGAGGAAUUCAAAUGGUUCCGGCGUGGAGAUAAAUCGCACAGGUAGAGUGUUAAGGCCAAGGAAACAUGGCGGCAGAGGUUUUGUGCGAAAGCGCCGUCAUUUCUAUGAAGUAUGCUAUAAUAACAUGGAUCCUUAUUGGGUUGUCAAACAGAGAAUUCGAGUGUUUUGGCCUCUGGAUAAGUGUUGGUACUUUGGUCUUGUCAAGGAUUAUGAUCCUGUAACAAAGAUGCACCAUGUAAAAUAUGAUGACCGUGAUGAAGAAUGGAUUAGUCUUCAAAAUGAGAGAUUUAAACUUUUGCUUUUCCCUAGUGAGGUACCUAAUAAAUUCAAUCAUGAAAGGUCUAUAAAAGAAGCGAAAAAGAGGGAUAGGCUAGAACAUAAAAGAUCCAUGAAUAAUGAUCUUUCUACGGGAGGCUUGGUGGAAACUGAACCCAUCAUCUCAUGGUUGACUCGAUCGGCUCGUCAAGAAAGACGACCUGCUCUUGGCAUUUUAAAGACCCAACGAAAAUUCUUGAUAGCAUCCAAGGGUUUAGGAGAUGGAUCACCUAAUGAUGGCAGCACCCAAAACUUAAAUUCCUGUGAGAAUAGGAAAUUACCUUUUGUAUAUAUUAGAAGACGUGUCAGAAAGGAUAGCUUGUACUCAGGAAAUGUUAUGGAAAUGAAUUCUGAUAAUAUAGGUUCAGGUGGGCCUAUUAGCUUGCUUGCUUCUGUUGUCGAGACAGAGUCUGCUCUGAAAGAGCUCUUCAUCACUAUCAUGCCACGCUUUCUGACCAAGUUUACUGUAAUGUCGAGGUCACCAAUCUGUGGCUGGUGUCAAACAUUGCUUGGAUCUGAUAAUUUUUUUAUGCGCAGAAGCUUCUUUCUUUUUCAUAAAUACAAACUGGUACAAUUAUUGCCACUUGUACAGAUGGAGGUAGGUUUUGCGGAUGAUGUGAGUCUAAAACUUUUUUUAUUUGAAGGAUGUUUAAGUUGGGCAGCAGCUUUUCUAUGCCAGACAUUGAGAGAAAAUUUUUGCCAUCAAAAUCCAUGCCCAGCAUCAGCUGAGAACAUGCUAUUGAAAAAAAUUAGAAUCAACAUGUUAAACUUGCACAACAAUAGUUGGAAGCUUCAUUUUGUUGUGGAUGGUUUUAUUGAGUGUAAAUCAAGGUGGAGAUACCUUGAAAAGAAACUUAUGAAACACUGUAUCAGGUUUAAGGAAUUGUCUCCUGCUGAUUGUGCUUAUGCUCGUGCCAAAAGUCUAUCAAUAAGAUGUGCUGGAACACUUGUUCGACCUUGUAAGGGGACAGUUUCAGCUGAGGACGCUCAAGAAAUUAAAAACAAGUUGAACUAUAUCCCUGUUGAGGAGUCGGACCAAGUUUCGGAUAUCACUCUUGAGAAUUUUGGUUCCUUUAGCAGUGCGGCUACUGAAUCCAAAUUGUCUAGUUUUGCUCGCUUGAGAGUAAAUACUGAGGUUCUCUCUAUAAGUAAUGAUGGAGACUGUUUAAAGCCCUCUCAUGAUUGCUUGAGCAUUGACGUUAAUGGUGGUGCCUGCUCUGUAGGAUACAGUGAUGUUAGAAAGAACGCAAGUGAUUUUGUUCCAUAUCACAAGUUUCCAGAACACACAAGGUCUUAUCAAGGUUCUGAGAAUUUGCGCUCUUCGUUUCUUGAUGAUCCUUCUUCUCCAGAGAAGUCUGAAGGUGGGUACAUUUCUAGUUCAAAAGCUAUUUGCAUCCAAAAUAUAAGAGGUACUAAUGCCAAGGAGCGAGCCCUUUCUAGGCUAACACAGCAUGCUCAUUCAGCAUCCAAUCUACUUUGGGAAAUGAAUGAGAAUGCUAUUCACACUCCUGAUGCAACUGCUCCACAGAGUGUAUGGCAUCACAAUCGGCAUGUUUUGGUUUCACCGAUAUUGGGCCCUAGAUCAACACUAUGGUCAGAAGAUUUCAUCCAAAGUGGGUUUCAAAACACAACUAAGAAGCCUCGCACUCAGAUUUCAUAUCCAGCACUCAGUAGAGGUCAUGAUAUUCGAUCAAAAAACAGGAUUUAUCACCGAAAAGGUUCACUAUAUAAAAAGCUCAAAGCUGAUUUGCCAAAAAAACUUUCCGUUGGAUUGGAGAGUCACAGGAGCUUCCAGGAAUCAUCAACUUGUCAUGCUAAUGUUCUUAUUACAACCGAGGAUCGAGGAUGGAGAGAGCUUGGUGCUGAGGUUGUUCUCGACUCUGAUGAUCAGAAGGAUUGGAAGAUAGUUGUUAAGUUGGCAGGGCUUACCAAGUUCUCAUUCAAGGCACACCAGGUUCUGCAGCCUGGUAUUCCAAACCGCUAUACUCAUGCUAUGAUUUGGAAAGGAGGAAAAGAGUGGAGUUUGGAAUUUACUGAUAGGAAUCAAUGGUUGCUUUUCAAAAUGAUGCACGGACAAUGUUUUAAUCAGAAUAUAAGGGCUGCCUCCGUGAAGAAUAUACCGAUACCUGGUGUUCAACUGAUUAAUGAUUCAGAUGAGAGUUUUAAUGAAGUUCCUUUUAUUCGUAAUUCAUCAAAGUAUUACCAGAUGAUUGGAACUGAAGUUGAGACAGCAUUGGAUCCUUCUCACGUGCUCUAUGAUAUGGAUAGUGAUGAUGAAAAGUGGAUCUCAAAAUUUAGAGACUCGCUGGAUGAUAAUGACAGUACAAAGCUUGACGUGACUGAUGACAUGUUUGAACGGGUGAUGGAUAUGUUCGAGAAAGUUGCUUAUGUAAAACAAAGUGAUUGCUUGAGUGAUGAUGAAAUAGCAGAAUUCAUGGCAGACUUUGGUUCAUUAGAUAUAAUUAAAGCUAUUCAAGAAUUAUGGCAUGAAAAGAGGAGGAAGAAAGGCAUGCCUCUGAUUCGACAAUAUCAGCCUCCUCUUUGGGAAUGCUACCAAAAACAACUAAAAGAAUGGGAGUUGACUAUGAUGAAGUUGCAUUACCCAGCAAAUGAGCUCCAAGAGAGGACCGCCGCUCCUGAAAAUCUUCCUGAGAAACCUCCCAUGUUUGCUUUUUGUUUAAAACCACGGGGUCUGGAAGCUAACAAAGGCUCAAAGCAGAGGUCCCAUAAAAAGUUGAUGUACGCUGGUCACCAUAGUUCAUUUUCAAGAGAGCAGGAUGUGCUCAAUGCUUCUGGGAGAAGAUUAAAUAUUUCCUCACUCGGGGAUGAGAAGGCUUUCGUUACCAUACCUAGUUAUGAAGGCUGUCAUUCUACUCAGUGGCUUCAGUCACCCAUGAGUUUCUCCCCAAGGGAUGCAAGGACUGCAAUUCUAAUGGCUAGUGAUUGUGUGGAUAGAAAUCAUUAUCCAAAGCUUUUUAGAACCUUUUCAAAGAAAAAUGGGAUGCAUCAUACUCCUUGGGAUUCUCCAGUCAUGCCAUUAUCAUGCAGUGAGAAGUCAAAGAGGAAUGGAGUUCUUCGUUUGCAUCCUGAAGCAUUAGAAUGGCCAUGCUCAAAGAAUUUGCAGCCAGAUGGUGGUCAGAGGCAUCAGCCUGAUAUAAAUGAGUUCAGGUUGCGUGAUGCAUCGAGUGCAGCUCAACAUGCAUCCAAUAUGGCUAAGCUUAAGAGAGAAAAGGCACAGUGGUUGAUGCAUAAAGCAGAUCUUGCACUUCACAAGGCUGUUGUUGCUAUUAUGAUGGCAGAUGCAAUAAAGACAUCUCAGAAGGACCUAAUUGGUGAUGAAUGAAUUUUCAGUAAUCAGAUUCAGGCUAUAGAAAAGCACAUGAAAAGUCAUGGAUGCCCUCGCUUGUGUUUUUGCUGAAUUUAUGAUUGAGAUGGGCACUGCUAGCUAUUUUCAUUGGACUUAUAAGCUCGACAAGAUGUGCUGAGAAAGAUGGUUUGAUUUUGGGAAUCUCGGUUUUCUGGCCGAUUUAACUAUUUUGCCUUUUCUGCUGUAGAAAUUCUUCAUUAAAUGGUUGGGCUAUACGGCUGUGUUGAGAAGCUGACUUUUAGUUUUUUCUAGUUGAUAAUUUUGUACAUAAAAUUUUUCUUUUUUUUGAGCCCUUAUUUUAUUUUGCAAAUAUGCGCCAAUGAUAGUUCUGUUGGCUUAAAAAUAAUACUCUACAUUUGGAGGUCCUUAAUGCUCAUCUAAUUGAC